CAACGGUUUCGUCAGAACGGGUAACCACUUACGUGGAAGACAGUGUAAUAAUCAUCGUUUCGAUAUCUAACUGAACCAAUAAAGCCUCAAUAUGUGUAAGUUGGUAAAAAAAAAAAAAAAGUUAUAUGAAAUGAAAAAAAAAUAUCUCGAUGCGUGAAUCACGAGUCAUUUUUGUAACAACACUGUGUUACUAGAAAUAUCUAGUUAACAAACAAAAAAAGCAAAAUCAAAUCAUACUUAAGCGAGAAUCACAAGUAUAUUUAUAGCCGUGACUAGCCAAAAGUCUAGAGUAUACUACACAAACCACACACGUUCUAAAAGCGAGAAUCGAGAGAGAAACAGAGAGAGAGAGAGAGAGAGAUAAAAUCUCCGGCGUCGUCAUGGAGUCCUUUCAAAACGAUCAGCCGCUUCUCCAGCCUCACCACGGUGGUGGAACGGAAUCGAGCAACGGCGAGCUUGAAAGAGUGCUCUCCGACGUCGAAACUCCGGCCUAUACCCGCUUUCGUAAAGCCACGGCGAUCGAAUCGAAGCUUCUCAUCAAGCUUGCUGCUCCUGCCGUCAUCGUCUACAUGAUCAACUACCUCAUGUCCAUGUCCACUCAAAUCUUCUCCGGUCAUCUCGGAAACUUAGAACUCGCCGCCGCUUCUCUCGGUAACACCGGGAUCCAAAUCUUCGCCUACGGUCUCCUGCUCGGGAUGGGUAGUGCGGUGGAGACGCUGUGUGGUCAAGCGUUCGGAGGAGGAAAGUACGAGAUGCUCGGCGUUUAUCUCCAGAGAUCCACCGUCUUGCUCUCUCUCACCGGCAUCCUCCUCACCAUAAUGUACCUCUUCUCCGAGCCGCUCCUGCUUUUACUCGGCGAAUCGCCGGAUAUCGCUUCCGCCGCUGCUCUCUUCGUCUACGGUCUGAUACCUCAAAUAUUUGCCUACGCGGUUAACUUCCCGAUCCAGAAAUUCCUCCAGGCGCAGAGCAUCGUGGCGCCGAGCGCGUACAUCGCAACCGCGACGCUCUUCGUCCACCUUCUCCUGAGCUGGCUCGCCGUUUACAAGCUCGGGAUGGGGCUGCUCGGAGCUUCGCUCGUGCUCAGUCUCUCGUGGUGGAUUGUAGUGGUGGCUCAGUAUGUUUACAUCGUGACGAGCGAGCGUUGUCGUAAGACGUGGCAAGGAUUCAGCAUGCAGGCGUUUUCCGGUUUACCGAGUUUCUUCAAACUCUCCGCCUCCUCCGCCGUGAUGCUCUGCCUUGAGACUUGGUAUUUUCAGAUUCUCGUUCUCCUCGCCGGACUUCUCCCCAACCCGGAACUUGCUCUCGACUCUCUCUCCAUUUGCAUGACGAUUUCAGGUUGGGUAUUCAUGAUAGCUGUUGGAUUUAAUGCAGCAAUAAGUGUAAGAGUGAGCAAUGAACUUGGAGCUAAGAACCCUAAAUCAGCAGCGUUUGCUGUAAUCAUCGUAAACAUUUAUUCGUUAAUCACAAGUAUAAUCUUGGCCAUUGUUAUUUUGGCGUGCCGUGACGUUUUGAGCUAUGCGUUCACUGAGGGUGCAGAAGUUUCGGCCGCGGUUUCUGAUCUCUGCCCGCUUCUUGCCAUAACGCUUGUUCUCAAUGGAAUCCAACCUGUUCUCUCCGGUGUUGCGGUUGGAUGCGGUUGGCAAACGUUUGUGGCGAAAGUUAACGGUAUAUGGACAGGGAUGAUUGGUGGUACGCUUAUACAAACGGCUAUAUUGGGAUGGGUUACAUUUAGAACAGACUGGGUUAAAGAGGUGGAAGAAGCUGCCAAAAGGUUGGACAUAUGGAGCAACAAGAAACAAGAAAUGGUUCUUGAAUGAUGAAAGUCACUGCAAGUUUCAGCUCACCCACAAUUGCUGAAGGAGAUCUUGAUAGCUGAUUUUUGCGGUUUUAUGGAAACCGAUGCAAUUAUCGAGGAGCUGGUUAUAAAGAACAUGAAUCGAGCUUGGUUUUCAUUAAUUUUUGUGUUAGCUUAUGUAUGCCUCUCCAAUUUCCUAGGACAUAUCUUUGUUGUUCUUGGUUUUGUUUUUGAAGUAUUAAAUAAACUGAAAUUUUUUCAUUAUAUCUUCAAAUUCUGUAAACAUAUUAUUAUGUGGGUAUCAGUUCAAAUCUUCGAUUUUAGUAUUUUAGGUUUAUGAAGGUUAAUAAUAUGGAAAAAAAGAUUAAUAGUAUGGAUGGGUUGG